CUAGAAUCUUUGAGACACGUCAGAAUCCGAGGGCGAGGCGCCGUAACUUUUGUGCCACCGAGUUCACUUUCAUACAUUCACUUGCCACACUUUGUACUACCCUUCCUUCCGUCACUCUUUGGUGAUUGUGCAUACCACCCUCUCUCCGACAUCCCCGCCUCCGCAGAGCCCUGCUUUUCUUUCACUUGGCUGCAAGCACUCGUGAAACGCCAAACCUCCACCAACUGCAGAGUCUGCGUCGCCCAACAUGUCCCUCACGCAGACUCGGCUUCAAGAAGAGCGCAAAGCGUGGCGCAAAGAUCAUCCCUUCGGCUUUGUCGCGCGCCCAGUGAAGACGGCCAACGGCGGGCUCGAUCUCAAGAAAUGGGAGUGUGCGGUGCCGGGCAAGGAGAACACCAUCUGGGCGGGCGGGUUGUUCAAACUGGAAGUCACGUUUCCUGACGAAUACCCGACCAAGCCUCCCAAAUGCAAAUUCGUCCCUCCCCUCUUCCACCCCAACGUCUACCCCUCCGGCACCGUCUGCCUCAGCAUCCUUAACGAAGACGAAGGCUGGAAGCCCGCCAUCACCGUCAAAGAGAUCCUCAUCGGCAUUCAGUUCCUGCUGAACGAAGUCAACCCGGAAUCGCCGGCGCAGGCGGACGCAUACAAUCUGUACAAGAAGGAUCGCCCGGCGUACGAGAAGAAGAUUCGGCAGGUGGUCAAGGAGAAUCAGGCGCCGUGAUUGCAUGGAUUAAGAGGAGAACAAGAGGCUAGGGAGAUGGGGAGGAUGGAGAGUGCUUGAACUUAGCGUUGGCGUUGCCGGCGUGCAUGCAUGAUGGAGGCCUGCUUUCGAUGGGUUGGAACGGCUUUGCUUCCUCUAGCCAGUUCGGAGACAUUCACCGUCUCUCCAGUAAAUGACCCCUUCAGAUCUGUGAUGCGCUUCUCGACCAUUGCCAUUUCUUUAUUACUCAACUCAUAUCCUUCCAUUUAUGGAAUCUCCAAUGGC